AUUUCUAGAAAUUGUCAGUCCUCACCAAGAGAUCACCACACAUGUGCAGUGCUGUUCAAGGGAAGUCCCGAGAAGAACUGAAAACUAUAGCAAGUGUCCCUUCAGCCUCUUAGUUACAAGCAUUUGGGAGGAGCGGAUCCUUUGAUUCUGAAAGCACUGUUGUAUUUUGGCACAUCAACGUUGUAUAGGUUGCUGCGGGCCUCUUCUCAUUCCUCAAGACUGUUUCCAGGUGUCCUUGUCGCUUGCUCUCCUUCCUUCCUCUACCACGAUGAAGUAUUACUACCCAAACACACUUCCCAGGUAUAGGCGAUAUGUAAGAAGCCUAAAGACUGUGCGUUUCCCCAAUGAUGUUCUCUUCCAGGACCACAUUCGCCAGGGGGACCUGGAGCAGGUGGGGCGUUUCAUCCGGGCCAGGAAGGUCACCUUGGACACCAUCUAUCCAUCUGGUAUGGCUGCCCUCCAUGAAGCUGUGCUCUCUGGGAAUCUUGACUGCGUCAAACUCUUGGUGAAAUAUGGUGCUGACAUCAAUCAGAAAGAUGAGGAUGGCUGGACGCCUCUGCACAUGGCUUGCAGUGACGGUCAUGCUGACAUUGCAAGGUACCUUAUCUCUCUUGGGGCCCAGCGUGAUGCCACUAAUGAUGAAGGGGAGAAGCCAUCUGACCUGAUUGACCCUGAGUACAAGGACCUUGUAGAGCUUUUCAAGGCAGCCCGAGUGGACUAAGCUUCUACCCCUCUGCUCUUUCCCUUGUGGAAUCCAGUCUCCAUGGCAGGCAACCACAUGUGUGCAUGCAGGAAGGAGGCUAGCAAAGUUGCCCCUACUAGGUUGGCAAAGGAGUGUAUGGACUCCUAAAGAGACCACAGUUUGACUGUCUUGUGUAUGUAUGAGACUGGCUUCUUCGGGGUUUCUCGGAGAGCUGUGCUUGGGAUACCCCUUCAAAAAGCAAUAUAACCUUUUCUACUAUGGCCCAUUGUCCAGUACCUGCUGGAAUCAGGCUUUAGCUAAAAUGGGUAUAAUGGCUGGGACAUACUGAUGGCACUGUUGUGCGUGAGGUUCAUAGAGGUGGUCAUGAGCAGAACUGGACUGGGUACCAAUUUGUGCAAGCAUUCAUCUUCCUAUUCCCAUCUGGCAAUGACCAUGAUUCUGAACAGUGCUAUCUUAGCAACGUUCAAGCUAUUUUCCUGAAGAGUCCUUACAAAAUUAUAACAAGAAAAUAGCCCCAACUUCAAGCUGGCAUCUACAUAUGGACUAUUCUAACAAUGUUGUGUAUAAAGUCUUAUUUUCAAUGUUUGCUCAUGCUAGAUUUGCUUUUCUACUGUAUUUUUUAUGUGGUUCCAAAACAGCUUUUUAUUUUUUCAAUAAAGUAAUUUCCAAA